AUGGUGCACCACUCAAACAGGGAAAAGAGACGAGUCAUCGGCUUGACACUUUCUGAGGAGCUGGUGCCCCUUGGUAACAAGGGCCUUGUGUCAGAACUGAGUUGUCACCUGCUUUGCUCUUUUAAACUCAAAGAGUAUAUCAAGUCAAAGCAAGCGAUGGGGUUCAAGCGAAGGGAUUCCUACCGACCGGGGUCGCGCCGGAACAGCAACGGCCGUGACUCGUCUCGCCCUGCAGGUGGUGGAUCUCAGCCCAGACAUCGACGCAGAUCUAACUCUCAGCAAGCAUCCCCUCCCAGAGGUCCUGCGGCGGGUCGCCCAUGGAAUCACAGUGGACGAAACUUCACUGCUCCUGAUUGGAGUUACCGCCAGCAUGAUGCGUCUCGAUAUGCAGAUCAACGCGCUGAAGGAGUCUCUUCUGGAGCAUUAGGAGAAAUCACCAAUCGGUCUCCCCUCCCAAGCCCCCGGGCCAGGCCUGGUCGUAGUAGGUCGCCUGAUGAAGAUGAUGAAGAUUCACUUUUCGUCAGCAAUGGUCCAGGCCUUGAGUACUUCGAGGACUACGCCGAGCCCGAGCCCGAGCCCGAACCCCUUCCCCGCCCACAACCGACAACGCGACAAACGGAAAACCAGGGUGGACAGUCAGAGUUUCCGGACGCUUUUCACCGACGACCAGAACCGAUCUCUGCCUCACGUAUUGCUUCUGGCAUGUAUUUCCAAGCGAGAGCGAAGCCAAUUCUACCGCCCUUGACGUCCAAACCCAAUCUUGCUCAGACCGGGGAAAACAUCCUUAAGCCUCGAUACAUAUCGACCACCAGCAUCCCAAUUGAGGCACCCACCACCCAACCAGAGACUGCUUCAAAGAAGCCCGUUAGCGCCCCGUCGAAGCCUGGCGCUUCAUCAAAGCCGGUUUCCCCGAAGACUGCUGCGUCUAUGAAGGCUACUGCUCUCGCGAAGGCUGCUGCUCUCUCGAAGGCUGCUGCUCCCUCGAAGGCUGUUGCUCCACCCAAGCCUGGCACUGGCCUGUCUCCCAAGCUCCCUGCUCCCCUCAAUAGGUGUCUAGAAAACGACUCUAGCAGUUCCGCCCCUCAAGUCUCCAAAACUGUGGCCGCGAAGAUGGAGCCAAGUGUCCUCCCUUCUCCUCCAGUCUCGAACAUGAUGACAACAUCAGGAGAAAAGAAAUCCGCAAACCAGGAGCCACAGCAGACCGUUCAUUACCCUAUUCUACCCUCGACAUCCGAUCCACAGCAGAGCGUCCAUUACCCUACUCUACCCUCGACAUCCGAUCCACGCCUUCCCGACCAAUCCAGGCCCGAGAACAAACCUGACAGCAAGCCCGACCCAACCAUAAAUCGCUCCAUCCAGAAACGCAAAGUAGGCGACCCGUUUUCGGCCCACGACCUCAAAAUCAUCUGGAACCAGUGCUUCGAGCAACGUCAAGCUCCCGACCAAUCGCGCCUUGGUCACUUCGCCCUUCCCAUCCCCUCACACUCACUUCACCUCGUCUCUCCCGCGCAGCUGGAGCGAGCCAAGCGAUACGCCAUCCCGGACUUCGUCCGGUUUGAGGUGACGCCGCUGCAGCUCGGCGGUGAGAACUCACGACUGGAUCAAGUCACUGCGAGACUGCUUCACUUAGAUCCUGCUCAGGCCAUGGGCCAGAAUACUACUCCCGCCUAUCACAAACUCCAGUUACGACCUUCCACAUCCCAAACAGACGGUCUCGCCUGGCCUGUCUUGCGGGCCAUGCAACUCGGUUGGGAGUUGACGGCGCGGUGGUACAAGGAGGUCAUCGUCGAUCAGGGAUGGCUCUUCAUCGUGGAGGGUGCGAAAAAGGAGAGAGAGCCAGAUGCCAUGGACAUCGAUGAUGAGAACGACCAGGUCACCACCUCUCACGACAGCAACGCUGGUACCGGCACAGGGCUUGGUGACUUUGUCGCCAAUGAACUGAAGAAAAACGUGGCGAAGACGAAGCUCAGCCGAGACGAACCUAAGGGCUCUGCGGAUAUCGACGACGAGAUCGGACGUUGGCUCAACCACGUUUGGAGAGGACAGAAUUAAGCACUGGGCAAAGAGGGACGUCCACAAUCAUCUGGUGCCUUCGAGGUUCCAGCGGACAUUGCUGCAAGGUGCAGCCAGCUCUUUGACAUAUCACCCGAACACAAGGGUAUAGGCUGUCUCAUUGGCAUACCAUUCUCAUGGUUACUUGCGUUCUUCAAGCAGUACACUUUUCAUCACUCUGAUGACUUUCUGUUGCUUUCUG